GGGUUAACCUAACGCUAGCCUUACGCCUGCCACUGCAGUCAUCUGCUAUUUUCGGUUUAGCUUGGUCUGGUAACACAACUUGUAUGGUGCAUUUUCAGUGUAUGUGCAACAACAGUGUGUUCCUAUGUCACAGCUCCAUACGGCUGGGGUAGUGUCUGCAAGCAUCAGCAUGGAAAUGUUAAAGAUAGAGCAAGUCAUUGUUGGGAGUGAGAGGAGAUCUACAUCAGCGGAGAUCAAGUCUGAGCCGGCGGUCAUCCCUCUGCAGUCCUGUAAGCUAACAUUUCUAUGCAUCAGCAUGAGAGUCUGCAGUGUUUUCAGUGCUUCAUCACCUUCUGUAACGCCAAAGCCAAGGAGAGACACAUGAGGAAGAGUCACCGGGAGCAGUACAAACAGCAGCUGCAGCAGACUAAUACAGUCUUCACUUGCUACAAGUGUGACAAGUGCUUCUCCUCCUCUGAUGAGCUCAGCCAGCACCAGGCCACCCACAGCAGAGAGGAGAAGCCCUUUAGCUGUUCUUACUGCCGGAAAAACUUCUUUACCUUCACUGAGCUGAACAAACACAGACGACAUGAGUGCAUAGAACGACGAUGUCCCUGCAGGGACUGUGGCGCCAUGUUCCCCAGUCCUUCACGACUUCGCAAUCAUCGCAUUGCAGUGCACCCCCAGUGCCCCGUAGUGGCCGAUGACAUCAACACCUUCCAAUGCUGCAAAUGUAGUCGUGGUUUCCUGACAGAAGAAGAGCUCCUGCAGCACCAGGAGAGAUUCGCUAGUGAUCUAAACUGUGAUGUUAAGCCCCAGGGCAAAAAACGUGGCCGUAAACCCAAGUAUGCAACUCAAUUAGGGAUGAUUGACAACAAGAAGAUCAAACAAGAAGAGAAAACAGGCGAUUACAAAGGAUACGAUGACUCUACAACAGAGGGAUGCCCCUCCAAUGAGCCGCAAACUCAGCUCAAGAUCCCUUGUCCGGAAGCAGAUUGUGACCUCAUAUUUCCGUCUGUUGCAGCCCUGCGGGCUCAUAAGAGGGAGAAGCAUGGGCCUACCCCCCGCAAGGCUCACACAUGCACAGAGUGUGAUGAGAGCUACGCUCGGCUUGAGCAACUCAAAGCUCACAUGGCCAGAGCUCACCGUUCUGGAUACACCUGUCCCACCUGUGGAAAGAGCUUUGCACGAGAGAGCAGCCUACAAAUCCACCAGAACACCCACACUGAGGGAGAGGAGGGAGCAGAACAGAGAUAAUAUAUGGGGAAAAGACUGUAUCUUCAUCAUACUACAUUCAGUUAAAUGAUUGUCAGAGUAUUUCUAUCAUAUUCUCCUUAGUAAAGGUAGAAGAUUUCUAUGUGAAUAUCGUAGGGUGAGAGUUUUUGAAGCAAGUUUAUGCAACAAUUGAAUUAUGGAGGUUGUUUCUGGAUUGCCAUUUUUAAGUUGCUUUUAGAAAGACAUCCUACACCUGUGAAUAAAACUCUGUACCGAUCUCUACAUAAUUAUGAUUUAUGUCCACUAAGAGCUCAUGUCACAAGGGCCUUUUUGCUGUCCGUAUUACCUCUAUUGUACCUGAAAUGUUUUAUAUUCAUUGUAGAGCAUUUAGCUGAUUCUCCCUCAAUUAUGGGAAUGUUUUGUAUAAAGCUGUAUUAUUAUUUUCAGGAAAACUCUGUGACAAUUACAUGGUGAAUGUAAUUCCAAAACACCCAAAAUCAGAUAAAUGGGUCAGGGUAUAGGUUUCUGUACAAUGGGACUUCAAUGAUGUAAUGUCAUGGUCGUAAAUUUCUCUUUCCAAAAAGUAAAUAAUUGUUGAAUUAAACAGUACUUACAUUUC